AUGCAAGUCGGCUUAGUUUUCAGCAACUUCCUCCCUCAACAACUUUAUUUUUAACAUCAACUAUGAAAGCAACAAGUAGCACGGUAACGCGUAGAGUAACAAGAGCUUAUGCGCGAGAGAAUAAUAUCAAACUUUAUGAACCACUUCCAAUGGGUAGAAGAAGUAAAGGAAAAAGAACUAAACCUUCUACGUCUAAGCCAAGAAGUGAUGUUGAUUCAUCCAAUAAUACAACACGUAAAGUGAGAAGCUUAACUAGAAAUCUCAAAAAAACGUAA